CGUAAGUAUUUUAUCGAAAUUUUAAAUUCAAAUGUGUAUCAAGAAUGUUUAUUAAAGGGGAGAAAUAUUUUGGUUAGCCGUUGGAUUGGAAAAUCAGAAUCCGACAGAGAGAGCGCGCGAGUGAGAGGGAGGGUGUCAGGUCACAUAUCAGUGAACAUAAUGGUGAAGAUGAUGGAUGGCGGCAGAGGCGGCGACGGAGACGGCGAGAUGCUGGCGGCAGAGGCGAGAUGUUGGCGGCAGAUGCGGCGACGACGGCUAAGGAUUCUUACUGGGAUGGCGACAUGGCUUAGCGUUUGGGUUAUCUCGAACGGCAGAAGAAGCUGGUGGAAUGUCGACGAAAUCUCAUCCGCCACUGAAUCUUUCCCCGGCGGCGAUGACCUUAUCCAGGAAAUCCUUCAACGUCUUCCUUCAAAAUCGCUCAUGCGUUUCAAGUCAGUGUCCAAAACAUGUUCUCUCUCAUCUCCAGUCAUCACUUCUCUCUCCUCUGCCACAAUCAUUGGCAAUAAUCCGAUCCCAAGGUCUCCGGCAUCUUCUUCUCCUACAGUGGUCCAAUCGUUGAAGGUAGCAGUAUCGAAUACAUUCCUCUCAUGGAGAAUUAUUCUUCUUUAUCUCGACUUCCCAAUUUCAAUGACCAAGUAGUCUGCUCCACUGAAACACAACUCCUAAGCUGUUCUAAUGGCUUAUUACUUUGUUGUCAUUUGGAUAUAUAUGACAAUCACUAUCAUUUCAGGGUUUAUAACCCACUACGAAGCAAUUCUUAGAUGUUCCCUGGAUUUGGGACCCAAUGGAAUAUUGCAAUUUACAUUUGGUAUAUUGCAAUUUACAUUUGGUUUUUAAUCUUGUCCGCACUACAAAGUUGUUGCCAUUCGUAGCCCUAGCGGUUUGCAAAAUUUCUGUCAGAUUUCCAUAUAUUCAUCCGAAGUUGGUGGUUGGAGAUCCUCUGGGGAUCCUUUCAAGGUACUACCUGAAGUAAAAUUUGGGGAUAGUCUUCUAGAAUGACGUCAUCAUUUGGUUUUACUACACUAGGGAAGCUUCUGUGUUUCAAUGUGGAACAAGAGCCACUAUUCACGAUCCCACCCCCAAAAAUUAGAGGGCGUUUCCUAAAACCUAAACAUGCAAUGUUUUGGCACUCUGGAGUGUCUAAUGGCCAUUUGCAUCUUAUAGAGUUAUAUGGGCCUUGCAGUAGUAAGAUUGAUGUCUUUGAGAUGGAGAGAGAUUACUCCAAGUGGUUCCUUAAGCAUGAAAUUGACAUUAUUCCUAUAUUUGAAGAAAUUUUUAAUUGCAACAUGGAGUUUUCAUUCUCUGUGUUUUCCUUAAUUCGUGGAGAAGUUGAAGAAGAUUUAGUUUUGGUGCCGAACUUGGGCGUCGCAAUCAUCUCCUACAGCUUCAAGGAUAACAAUGUGAAGAAGCUUUGUUGUAUAGGUCCACAUGCUGGAUAUUAUCCAAGGUUACUGCGGCCUUCUGGAAGCUUUGAUGUUCAUCAGUACAUGGAGACUCUUUUCUCUGUUUGAUGGUAUUCGAUUAAUCACUUGGUUUCUUACUACUUGAAAUGAGUACAGUUUAAAAAAUUUCAAAUUUAAUAUUUAUUUAACUAAAUUCUAUGAACAGUUUCAACUUCCCUCUUAUUGUCUACAAGUAACUAUAAUAAAAAAUUUAAUAAUGAUGGUGCGAUUGAGGAGGGUCAAAUGUGCCACCCGUUACCUCAAGUUCACAAUGGCGCGAUUGAUAAAAAUUCUUCAUGGUUACUUGUGAUGCUAUUUUCUUCUUAUAUAAGAUAAAGCUGUUUUACAUUGACAAGUCAUCCCUAAUUGAUUUAUUUUGCUUUGGUUUGUAUGCAACAUUCUCUGUGGCUCUGUUUUUCAAUCUGACAAAGUUCUAUUUUGAACCUAGAAUAGAUGUGAGCUGGUUGCGCUUACAGUUCCAAAGGCUGUACCGUCAACCAACUAUUAUGUAGAUUUCUUGUGAGGCAGGGAUUGUUGCUUGGUGCAAUGGAGUGUGCCUUCCGGCACAGUCAGUUAACGGGGAUCAACUUGAUGUAGUGACCUUUACUGGGUUAACGCCAUCUCUGUUUGAGCGUGGCUCUGCGAGUUAUAUAAGACCAUUUUAGUUCAACCAGACUCAACUGAUUCUAUGGGAACCAGUGGUCCUGGUUCUUGAAAAUUUAGCAUGUGGAAAGCACCAACCAAGAUUCCAACUUCCUAACGAAGUGACAAAAAGUAGAAAAGUUUGGAAAAGUAGAAGUGUGAACUGAACUAUGUUAAAGUACUUGAUAAAGUUGGUGACAAUCAGCUUUAAACAUCACAGAUGAAAUUAUAAUAAAUUGUAACAAGUCAAUCACAACCGUUCAAUUCAUGUGUUACCUUGUAGAAAAGUGAAAUAUAUAACGAGUUUCUUCCUUGUUAAGCAGAAUUAAGGUAAAUAUACCUUGGCAGAAGCAAGAUUGUAGGCAUAUCAAUAUGGAAACCAAGGCUUCCACUUCUUCUUUAUGUGUGUGUAUAUAUAUGAGGCAUUUCUACAAUCUUUAUCUAAGGUGUGUUUGUUAGAUCUCACAAUGAAUUAAAGUCCUCAUCUGUUUAAUCAAAUGGAUAAUGUUGCAAGCUCCAUCAAAUGGAUGAGGGUGCUUCUCAUGUGAGAGCGCCUUCGCCAUAGUUUUUCCCUUGCUGUUAACUAUUGCUAUGGGUUUAUGUGCAAUAACAUUGUAGACCAAUUGAAAGGAAUACAAUGUAGCUUUGGUGGUGCUCUUGUUUCAUGUAAGUUUUCCUUGUGAUCUAAUUCUGUCAUCCCUAUCUAUUGUUGUAGUCUAUGUUAUCUGGUCUGGGGUAGAUUUAUCAGGUGCAGAUAUGUAUGUUAGAAAUGCCUAAAUCUCGAAUCUUAGGAUACAUAAGUUUAUCACAUGAGUCUAUUAUUCCUUAAAAAUAUACUCAAUAAUAAUUGAAACUAAAUAAAAAAUGGUGGAAGAAAGAGAUUUCAUCUAUAGGAAAUCCUUCUUUGCUAUUGAAUUUUAACUUUUCUUCCUUUUUGAUCAGCAAAGAGGACAAGUUGCUCGAUUUGGGUUUGUGUUUCAGACACAUAAUCUUAACCCGUUUCCAUGUCCGCGUGUAAUUGUGUAUUGUUGAUAAGAGUACGUUAAGGGAAAUAGGAGAGCCCAAUAAUAGAAAUCCGGACAUAUAUAAUCUUUUAAUUUAUGAUAUUCAGUGUGACCCCAUUUUAUAAGAGAUUCUGAUUCUCUACUGUGCACCAGUGGAUCCGGUACAUACUGUGACUGAAAUUAACCCAACAGUGCACAGCAUCGGAUCCCAUUCCUUUUAUAAGAAUCUUAUGGAGUAUAUUUUGCACUAUGUGCCAUACUUCUGAUGUGUAGAUAAUUACAUUAUUAUGUGAGUUACACACACACUUCUAUAAUAUGGGUCCUUUUGUUAGUGGUUGGGUUCAUGGACACUAGUGACUUCUUUUGUCAACCAGCACUCACAAGACAUAGGUUGGAACAGUGUCUGAAAAUUUUAUUUUGAGCAUUUAUAUGCUUUCAACCUAGCAUUCUACUUCUAUUCACUGAUUCCUUACUAAUAAACCAUGAAGUUCAUUAAAGAUCAUACUUAUAAAUAAAAAAGUCCAUAAAAAAAUCAUCAAUUUCCUAUCCAAGAUGGAGAUUAUUGAUCAAAUAUCUAUAUAAAAUUGGGUUUAGAUCCUAACAGAGUUUGUCAACUCCCUUAUAAUUUCAUUUUCCAUAACUUUAGUUAUCGUGAUUAUGAGAAAACAAUGAAGUUUCUGCUACUUGAUUGGUUGAUACAAUUUAAUCAUUCUUAUAAAAUCAUCUCUCUUAUUAUUGGAACCAUGAUCUUUAUCAAUAUUUAAGAGAGCUAAAUGUUAAAAUUUGUUUACUCUAAGCUCCACCUACAUUAUGCAGACAACAUGUUCCAAAAUGGUGGACUAAAAUCAAUCUUGAUGAUAUCAUGCCCUUCAUAAUGAGAAGCUUAGUAAGAAUUAUGCGAAGCCUUUUCUACUCCAACUAAGUAUAUGACGAGCAGAAAAUUUUGCUAAAAACUUAGGAAAACAUAAGAAAAACUUAAAUCAGAAGUUCCCAAAUUCUUCCAAAUGAGAAGAGAAAUAAGAUCAGUGUGUUCACUGAGCCUUUUCUGUUGGGAUGUUUCUUCUCAGAUUUCAUUAGAUUCAGGAAACUUACACACGCUCACAAACCCAUACAUUGUGGAUUGACUCUUUCUUCUGUGUUGACAAGAAAAUGUGCACAAUUAUCAGAGAUAUCAAAAUGGUUAGUACUAUAUCUAGUCUUCAUCAACAACAGUUUCUUAUAUCACCUGUGUUCUCUAGUUAGAACUCCAUGUAUGUGGCGUAAUCGUUGG